UCAAACGAAUUAAAAUGUCUUUACAUCUGCUACUGCUGCUGAUUCCGUUUACAGUGCUCGCUGUACAAUAUUCCUCCAUCAUCAUCAGAGCUGGAGCUGAAGUCACUUUGCCUUGUGACAAUGUGAGAGAUGAUCAUGUGAACUGUGGAGCUACUGAGUGGCUCUUCAGUGAUAUACAGAGGAAUACAACAGUAAACCUGUUUGUAAACAGACAGCUCUCCACAUCUGAGAUUUCCAAAUCUAAAGCCGACAGACUACGUCUUGCUGCAAACUGUUCUCUGGUUAUUAGGGAGGUCACAGCUGAAGAUGCUGGUGAAUACGACUGCAGACAGUUUGACCGGACAGCACGAACAUAUGAGGGGCAUCUGCUUUAUAUCUCUGUUGUCAACGUGACUGAGCAGAAGAGAACUGAUGAGGUGACGUUGAGCUGCUCUGUGUCACCAUCUGUAACCUGCAGUGAAGUGAAGUGGCUGUUUAUGAAUAUGGAUGUGCAAGAAAACAACAAAGACCUGAAGACAUCACAGUCUUCCUGCUCGGCCAAUGUGAGCUUCUCAAAAUCCCAUUUUGAUCACAAGAUGAAAAACUAUAGCUCAUUAACAUGUGAAGUGGAUGAUGGUGACAAAGAGGAAAAGUUUUCCUUCAUCCCUCCGUCAUCAGGAAAGAACACAGAUUGGUGGUGGUACAUCGCUCUGGUUGUGGGUUUUGCCUCAAUCAUCCAGGGUGGUGAUGUUGCAGUGGCCUCCAGCACUGUGGAAGCUCCCUCCUCUUCUACUGGACCCUCAGCUGAUCCCAGCAGCCUCGAUGAGAACGUCACAAUCAUACCAUAG